AUGCUCGAGUUUCGGACGGCAGGCUUCAAUCCGUACGCCGUCAAGUACUCGCCCUUCUUCGACAGUAGGCUGUGUGUAAGUGCUGGUGCCAACUUCGGUCUGGUAGGCAAUGGCCGCCUCUUCAUCCUCAACUUGACGGACCGCGGCAUUGUCUGCGAGAAGUUCUUCGAGACUCAAGACUGUCUGUUCGACACAGCUUGGUCGGAAGCCCACGAGAACCAGCUCUUGACUGCCGGCGGAGAUGGUAGCGUCAAACUCUUCGACAUCAAUCUCAGCCAGUUCCCCAUUGCCAGCUGGUCUGAACACGGCCGAGAGGUCUUCUCUGUCCACUGGAACCUCGGCCACAAGACAACUUUCUUGAGUAGCAGUUGGGACGGCACCGUCAAGAUCUGGAACCCCGAAUCCAAGACAUCGCUCCUCACACUCCCCGUACAUUCGUGCGUCUACUCGGCCCAGUUCUCUCCCCACAACCCCGACAUCGUUACCGCCGUCGCCAGAGACUCACACCUUCGCGUCUGGGACCUUCGAACCCCCGCCAGUGCCUCCAACCACUUGACCCUCGCCAUACCGAUCCAUGCUCCUCCCAAGAUGACCCCUAUGAACUUCACACCUACUAGCGUUGGUCCCACCGAAUGCCUGACACACGAUUGGAACAAAUACAGAGAUACAAUUGUCGCAACAGCUGGUGUUGAUGGCAUGAUACGCACCUUCGACAUCAGACAACCCAGCGGCCCUAUGGCUGUCUUGCCAGGUCACGAGUAUGCUGUUAGAAAGAUCAGUUGGAGUCCACACUUGAGCGAUGUGCUGCUUAGCGCCAGUUAUGAUAUGUCAUGCCGCAUCUGGACGGAUGGCAGCGCGAUGGGUGUGGAUCAUUCAAAGAUGGGUAUGCCCACAGGACAAGGCGCUCGCGAGAUGGGCCGUAUGGACCGUCACACCGAAUUUGCAAUGGGUGUUGAUUGGUGUCUCUUCGGCGCAGAGGGAUGGUGCGCCACCUGUGCUUGGGACGAAAGAGUAUUGGUCUGGGAUGUAAGGGAGUUUAUGAGGCGAUGA